GCCUCAGAGGUCACACCGAGCAGGAGCCCACCUGGCCUCUGCCCUGAAGGGGAUGACAGACUCCAACCGUCACAGAAGCUCAGGACCUGACUCCACAGGGGAGGAGAGAGGGGCCUUUACCGUCACGCGAAGGGCCAAGGUUGCUCCCGCCGAGAGGAUGAGCAAGUUCCUGAAGCACUUCACUGUCGUCGGGGAUGACUACCACACCUGGAACAUCAACUACAAGAAGUGGGAGAACGAAGAGGAGGAGGAGGAGGAGGAGGAGCAGCAGCGGGGAGAGGAGGAGCAGCCGCAGCCCACGCCAGCCUCGGAGGAGGAGGGCAGAGCUGCUGGCUCCACCUCGGGCCCCGUCUCCACGCCCAGGCGCCCCGUGGACCUGAGGACCCGGGUGAAGAAGCUCUUCGCCUCCCACAGGUUCCAGGUCAUCAUCAUUUGCCUGGUUGUGCUGGAUGCCCUCCUGGUGCUGGCCGAGCUCAUCCUGGACCUGAAGAUCAUCCAGCCAGACAAGAACAACUAUGCCGGCCGGGUGUUCCACUAUAUAAGCAUCGCCAUCUUGACCUUCUUUAUGGUAGAGGUUUCCUUUAAAAUAUUUGUUUUCCGUUGGGAGUUCUUCUACCACAAGUUUGAAAUCCUGGACUCUGUCGUCGUCGUGGUUUCGUUUGUCCUCGACAUCGUCGUCCUGUUCCAGGAGCAUGAGCUCGAGGCUCUGGGCCUGUUGAUUCUGCUCCGGCUGUGGCGGGUGGCCCGGAUCAUCAACGGAAUAAUUAUCUCGGUUAAGACACGUUCAGAGCGGCAACUGUUGAGGCUAAAACAGAUAAAUAUACAGCUGGCUGCCAAGAUCCAGCACCUUGAGUUCAGCUGCUCUGAGAAGGUAAGAGCGUUCUGGGGAAACGCCGCCCGUGUGCAGUGCCCACCUUCAGCUGGUGCUCCCCACGCCCGGCCUUCGCUCCUGUGUGCCGGGAGCCGGGAGCGCCCCUCCUCCUGGCUAAGUCCUCCCCGUCCUUGCCUCCUUCCCAGCCAGGCUGGGCAUCCCUCCUCUUGUCUCUGCCACUGUCCACGGGACACCCUGUAACUGUGGCAGCCGCCUUCCCGCACUGAUUCCUUGUUCCGGGGCUCACGGAACGAGGGUCACGCCCCUGGGGAGGCUCAGGGGUAAAUUCCGUUAUUUGUCUGCUUUCGUAAUAACAGGAACAAGAAAUUGAAAGACUUAACAAGCUCCUGAGACAGCACGGACUUCUGGGGGAGGUGAACUAGAGGCGUCCCUGCUCCACUCCGAAGACACCGCCUCGCGGGCUGUGGCUGUGAGUGAGGACACCGGCCCUCCUGGGCCUCGGCGGGACAGGGCUGGUUUGAUGUCUUUGCCUCCGACCCGGCUUGGACUCUGGAGGGACACAGUCUUCCGAAAGGCGCUCUCUCUUCCUCGGUGUGACCGAGGGCUUCCCGUCCCAUCCCCACCUGCACUGCAUCACGGAUGUAUUAUAAGCUAUUUCUCGAGUU